CUUUCGCCGUAUGUGUAUAGAUGUUGUCUUUGUCGGUUUGAAUUUCAGAUUCGACCGCAACCAUCACGACCACCCACCACGCAUGCUCUAGAUAGACUAGCUUCGGAAGCUAUGGAGGUGCUGCUCUCUUCUCUCGCUGUGCAAGACUCAGAAACAGCACGCUCUUAUCUCAGUCACUUGACAGCGCUUUCUCAAAUGCAGCUCGCGAAACAAGCGGGACUGUUAGCAGCGGAAGAGCACAGCCUAGAUGCGUCACUUAAGGCCCUUGCUGUGCGCGAAGCUGCAUCUUUUUCUCCUGCGCAAUCACAAGUGCUCUCUGUACUUCCAGAUUUGACGCGCUCGCUCGAGUCUUUCAGAGCGAAACUGCCAAAGCUUGAGCAGGCUGCCAUGUUUGAUGCAGAGCGAUUGGCUGGUAUCCAUCAAGUGCGCAAAGAAGCAGCGCUCCUUGAACGAAAUGAAUCAAGACUUCAGGAACUACUUGAUCUGCCUGCCACAGUGAGACAAUGCGUUUCGCAGGGCUACUAUGCAGAAGCGGCAGACUUGUAUCUUCAUCUAGGCCGCAUCGCCUCGCGCCAUCCGAAUUCGCGGCUCGUAAAGAGUCUAGUAGUUCGAGCAGAAGAAGAGAUGGAACGCAUGACACUUCAAUUGCUUGGCCUACUCAACCGUCCACAAAAGCUGCCUGUCGCAUUGAAAGUCAUCGGCUUGCUCCGGCGCACAGGGAGUUUUGAAGAAGCUGAAUUACGCUAUCUCUUCCUCAAAGGCCGCUAUGAUGCGCUCGUUGCAGCAUAUGCCGCAGUCCCUACGUCACCUGUCGAACGCAGCAUCAAGAAGCAAGUGGAGAUUUUCAGAGAACAAGCAUUUGCCAUCUUGUCACAAUAUUCGUCCAUCUUUGACGACAAAGCGGCAGACGACUUUUCACACAACUGGCUCCCUCACUUUGCGCAACGCAUUGUUACAGAUCUUCUGCAACGAUUGAGUGAUGCAUUACCGCACGUUGAAGGAAAGGUGGCGCGACAGAGUCUCUUGACGCAGCUCCUUUAUACAGCGCAGUCGAUGGCGCGAGUUGGUUGUGAUUUCACCAGCAUGCUGUUGCCGCACUUUGGUUCAAGCGAGGAAGUCUACCCAGUCGUGGCGAAUCAGCGAGCUAUGGCCAGAAAGCUCGAACCUUAGCAUACAAGUACGAUAUUCCGUUGACAAUGAAGGCAUUUGCUUUUGUUCAUGCCCAUUGGCAUGAAGCUCUGUUGGAGAUUGCCU